AGUAGUUAUGAGCCAAGCAAAGACAAAACUAGCUACAAGUUUUAUAAAAAUCUGCUGCAUAGGGUGCUACAAACAGAAGAUUUAGAUUGUAAAGAAAAUGUAAUCAUUGAAGGGGACUUCAACUGUCCUCUUAACCCUAAACUGGAUAACAAAGGUAGCGCUAUGGUAGAAAAAUGGUUAUAGAUGAUAUUGAAUGUUGGACCUUGUAGAUGUCUGGAGAGUUAAAACUUCACAAUCUAGACGUUACACUUGGAGUAUUGGCUGAUAUCAAACAACUUGCAAGAUUUCGUAAACACAACCGAUAUCAUCCCAGCCAUUCAAAAUGAUCAUGCAGCAAUUGAGUUGAAUCUAACCGAGUCUAAUCACCACUCAAAGAGGCCCGGGUUCUGGAAAAUGAACGUCUCUCUUCUCGAAGAUCCAAAUAUUCUGAAAGAAUUAAGACAAAAUAUUCCAGUGUCGAAAACAACAAGUAGUGAUAUUUUAUCAGAUAAAAGGUACAUCUGGGAUUGGCUUUUACAAUAA